AUGAGGCAGUUUGUCCGUUCCAUCGUCGAGAUGUUCGGCGAUGAGUACCUCCGUUCUCUGAAUGAUGAGGACACUGCUCGUUUGCUUGCUAUCAAUGAGCAAAGAGGGUUCCCAGGGAUGCUGGGAAGCAUUGAUUGUAUGUAUUGGUGGUGGAAGAACUGUCUGAUGGCGUGGUCAGGUUCUCUGAACGACAUUAACGUUAUGCACCGCUCACAUCUCCUCGACGACCUUAUCGCACGCGAGGCCCCAAAGGUACAAUACUCUAUUAAUGGGCACCAUUACACCAUGGGGUACUACCUGGCAGAUGGCAUAUAUCCGGAAUGGGCCACGUUCGUGAAGCCCAUACAAUCUCCAGUUGGGAGGAAGCGGCAACACUUCGUGCUUCAGCAAGCGGCAGCACGGAAGGAUGUAGAGCGUGCCUUCGGAGUACUGCAGUCCUGGUUUCCCAUAGUCCGGGGGACAACGAGGUUAUGGGAUCAGGAAACCCUUAACAACAUCAUGACUGCCUGCAUUAUCAUGCACAACAUGAUAAUCGAAGAUGAGAGAUUGGAUGAGGAGGUCGAACACGUGUACGAGGGUGCUGGUGAGGAUGUGCAGUCAUCACACGACCUAACCCCUCCAUUGGUAGCAUUGAGCCAAUGGUACAGUGCUAUAAGAAGCAGACACGGUCAUCAACACCUCCGUGACGACCUUGUUGAACACCUUUGGCAGAUCCACGGUGGGGAGUAG